GUAAAUCUAAAAACAACAGAUAAGCAUUAACCAUGUUAACAGUUUUUAUUUAAUGAGAGGAAAAGGACGUUUCAUUUUGAAGUAGAUAUUUAGAUAUCUAUUUCGAGAAAAAUAUACAAGAUUUUGUUUGCAAACAUUGGAAACGUUGUUUAAUUAGAACAAUAAAUCUCUGAUAUGAUUAUUUGAAAGUGCAUUAUGAUUUAACCGAUACAAUAUAUUUUUCUUGUCAGCAACAGUGUAUGUAAUUUCGAAAUCGUUUGGAAAUAAUGUUCCUAUAAAGUUUCAAAUUUGUAACUAUAUUUGCGAAAGAAAAGGUUUCAUUGGAAAGAUUUUAAACUCGCAUCUUUUUUUCGCAUAAACAAAUUAUAUGAAUGAUUUUUUGAAGUAUUCAACAAUAUAAUAAAACAAUACUAUUAUAAGAUUCACUUCCAUCGGAUGGAGGAAGAGAAAUUCACAAGUUCUUUAAAAUACAUAUCAAAGAACAGUUAUAUUGAAAGUGCAUUAAUAUUGGAAGAACAUUAAUAUUGGAAGUACAUUUAUAUUGAAAGAACAUUAACUUUGGAAGAACAUAAACUUUGGAAGAACAUUUACUUUGGAAGAACAUUAACUUUGGAAGAACAAUAACUGUAAAAGAACACUAGCAGUGUAAGUACGUUGACAUUGGAAGAACAUUAACAUUGAAAAUGAUUAAAACAAGAUAGAACCAAAGUUAUAGGUUCAUGAACAUUGUAUAGAAUAUAAGAUCAGACUUCAACCAUGACAACUAACAAGAUCAUUUUCACAACAACUAAGUCUGUUUUAACUAGUCUUGAUGACGUUUUCGGAAAAACAACAAUGCAGAAAAGUACGACGGAUAAUAUAGGUUCUACAAUAAAGUCCGAUAAUACUACUGCCAGGCAGGAGAAUUCUACUAAUAUGAUUCUGGCAUUAAACCUUGACGAGGAGAACAUUAAUCGUCUGCUAAAGAUAGAAAACACAUUCGAAGCUGAAGCGCUGACGCCGAUAACCGUUUAUCUCAUCCUUCUAAUGAUAACGGGUGUUGUUGGCAAUACUAUUGUCUUGUAUAUCUACAAGUUCAGGUUCAAAAGGUCAACAUCAAGAAUAUUCAUUCUGAGUCUUGCUGCGUUUGAUUUGAUUACGUGUAUUUUAGGGAUGCCAUACCAUAUCUUAGACAUGCUUUAUCCUUAUCUGUUUGUAUGGGACACCCUUUGCAAAGUUCUAAGUUUUGCUCUUACAUUUACGAUUUUGGCAUCUAUAUUUAUACUAGAUCUCAUCGCAAUUGAUCGGUACAGGAAAAUUUGUAGACCGUUUAAAAAGCAGCUUUCUGGUAUAGGAUCAAAUAUAAUGAGUUGGGUGACUGUUCUUAUAGCAAUAAUCUCUGCCAUUCCAAUGCUUCUAAUUUAUGGUACCGCUGAAGUCCCAACCGCUAGGAAUCCAAAUAUAACAGGAAGGGAAUGCUACGUCUCAGAUAACUAUAUCGAAUCUUACUUCCCAUUAAUCUACGAUUCUUUCACUUUCUUGAUUUUUAUCGUAUCAGUUUUUAUACUAGUCGGAUUUUAUAGCAAAGUCGGGGUUACAAUUUGGAAACGUAGGAAAUUUAAUGAGUCCUCACAUGAGUCAAAGAGAUCCGGUUCCAGUCAAAGCACGCCAAACACAUCGAUCAUACAACUGAACGUCAUUACAGAUGAAGCUAAACGCGGAUCUCCUAUGCUUGUUCAUUAUGGAAAAAAUAAAGAGGGUGGUAAUGUUCAAAUAUUUGAUUCGAAUUCCUUGGUCACGGCACCAAAAGAUUCACCUUUACCAUACAGAUCGACAACGUCUGAUCCAAAGAAAGAAAGGAAGAACCGGAGAGUAAUGCGAUUGAUGUCUGAACCUUCAAGUACUGAACAUGAUUCUUCUAUAAUGGAUCAUGGGUCUUCACGGUCCCACAAAUCAUCCCACAGACAUCACGUGACAAAGAAAGAAAAGAGAACUCUAAGAAUAACAGGCAUGCUGUUCGUUAUAACAAUAAUAUUCAUUAUAAGUUUCCUCCCUUAUUUGUGUAUACAAAUUGUGAACGGUUUGAAUGAUGAAUUUUGGGAUGAAAUGAGCAUCUCGGAAAUUAUCCUUUUUAAUCUUCUUAUGAGGACAUACUUUAUCAACAGUAUGAUAAAUCCUAUAAUCUACUGGUUUCUGGAUCACAAAUUUAAAGAGGAGGUUAUUAGACUAUUUAAUGACAUGAGAAAUUGUAAAGCAACUACUCGGUUUGGACGAAAGAGCUUCCAUUCGUAAUAUCCAUGUGAAUAGUCUAGAAGUAUACCAAAAGGUAUAAAAACUUGUCUGACCAAUUGUAUAACUUUAAAUCAAUCAUCAUCACAAUUACAUGAUUAUAAUCUAAUUCAACUAAACUAUAUUCGUAUUUUAUCAACUAUGUAGGUUCUUAUUCAUCCUUAGCUCUACAAUAUUCAGCUUAGAGUGUUCCUCAUUUAUAAUGAUAAAGGUAAAUCCAGAAAAGUGCUUCGGAGAUUAAUAACAUGUUAUUUUAAUUUUUCUUCAGUUUGUUACUUUGCAGAAUGAACAAGAUUUUCCUAAUUUAUAUGAAUGCUUAUUUUUAUGUAUAUUUUUUCAUUGCUAUCAAUAAAGCAUUAUUUGAUU